GUCCCAUAGGUAAACAGCUGGAAAAAAAAAAAGUAUGAAAAUACUGGUCACCGGCUCUUCUGGUUACUUAGGCGCACGACUCUGCCACGCCCUCCUCCGUCGCGGCCACUCCGUACGCGCCUUAGUCCGCCGCACCAGCGACGUAUCCUCCCUGCCUCCGGUAGGCGAAUCAUUCGAGCUCGCUUACGGUGACGUAACAGACUACUGUUCUUUAACGGAAGCUUGCUCCGGCUGCGAGAUCGUCUUCCACGCCGCGGCUCUUGUCGAGCCUUGGCUCCCUGAUCCGUCAAAAUUCGUUACGGUCAACGUUGGUGGACUCAAGAACGUCUUGAAAGCAGUGGAGGAGACAAAGAGUGUACAGAGGGUUAUAUACACGUCUUCUUUCUUCGCACUUGGGUCUACCGAUGGAUCUGUUGCUAACGAGGAUCAAGUUCAUAAUGAGAGGUUUUUCUGCACGGAGUAUGAGAGAUCAAAGGCUGCUGCUGAUAAGAUUGCUAUGAAUGCUGCGAGUGAAGGCGUUCCGAUAGUUUUGCUGUAUCCUGGUGUUAUCUAUGGUCCGGGGAAGCUCACUUCAGGCAAUAUGGUUGCUAAAUUGAUUAUUGAGCGUUUCAGUGGGAGACUACCUGGAUACAUCGGCUCCGGGAAUGAUAAAUGCUCCUUCAGCCAUGUUGAUGAUGUUGUGGAUGGACAUAUUGCUGCAAUGGAAAAAGGUAGGCUUGGUGAAAGAUACUUGCUCACCGGGGAAAACGCUUCUUUUAAGCUUGUCUUUGACAUGGCUGCACUCAUAACUGGAACCAAUAAGCCAAGCUUUAGCAUUCCCUUAUGGGCUAUCGAUGCGUACGGAUGGUUAUCUGUUCUAGUCUCUCGGAUUACAGGAAAGCUUCCAGUAAUCAGUCCUCCGUCAGUGAAUGUGCUGAGACAUCAAUGGGCAUACUCAUGUGACAAGGCUAAGCUGGAACUUGGUUAUAACCCUCGGAGUCUAAGGGAAGGUCUGGAGGAGAUACUAACUUGGUUGAAGGAUUUGGGCCUCAUUCAUUACUGAAACUAAAAUUUUACCUCAUAAAUAAAAUAUGUUUUCCUUGGAUUUGAUGUUUGUUCAAUAUAACUACAACUCUGUGAAAUGUUUUUAAUUGCUAAUAUGGAUUAUCAGAUUUUAUCAA